UUCAUCUAGUUUCUAACAUAAAUCUCAGCUUCUUGAUUGGUUAAGCUUAACCAACAGUACGGACAGGAGAAUAACAAUAACUUUGACCACAUGAAACAGGAAAGUCAUCUCUUUUUUCCAGAAACGACUUCCAACAGGCAAUUUCUUUGAACUGUAAACCCUUUUUUCCUGGAAAAAGCCAUCAGGAUAGAAAAAUAAAGCCAAGUUGUAUAAAAGUAAAGAACAAAACAAGUGGGAAUCUUCACGGAACUCUCAAGCUUUUCUACUUCAAAAGCUGUUAUUAACAUUACACCAUAAAAAUCUUUCUUUCAAUUCGGGUUGUGAGUUGGGUUCGGGUUAUAUCCAGGAAACAUGUCAAUGGGGUCAGGGGAUCAAAGCAUCAAAGGUAUACCAACUCAUGGUGGACGCUAUGUUCAGUACAACGUUUAUGGUAACCUCUUCGAAGUUCCCUCAAAAUAUGUUGCUCCUCUUCGCCCCAUCGGCCGUGGUGCUUAUGGUAUUGUCUGUGCUGCUGUGAAUUCAGAGACACAGGAGGAGGUUGCUAUCAAGAAAAUCGGUAAUGCAUUUGACAACCGGAUCGAUGCCAAAAGGACAUUGCGAGAGAUCAAGCUUCUUCGUCACAUGGAUCACGAAAAUGUGGUUGCCAUCAAGGACAUCAUACGGCCUCCACAGUGGGAGAACUUUAAUGAUGUUUACCUCGUUUAUGAACUGAUGGACACUGAUCUUCAUCAAAUUAUAAGAUCCAAUCAAUCAUUGACAGAUGAUCAUUGUCGGUACUUUCUAUAUCAGAUUCUUCGAGGGCUCAAAUAUGUACAUUCAGCAAAUGUUUUGCAUCGCGAUUUAAAGCCUAGCAAUUUAUUUCUAAACGCGAAUUGUGACCUUAAAAUUGGAGACUUUGGGCUUGCAAGGACAACAUCUGAAACUGAUUUCAUGACAGAAUAUGUUGUUACUCGUUGGUACCGGGCACCGGAAUUGCUUCUGAAUUGUUCUGAAUACACCGCUGCAAUUGAUAUUUGGUCGGUGGGCUGCAUACUUGGCGAAAUCAUGAGUAGACAACCCCUCUUCCCUGGCAAAGACUACGUGCAUCAGUUGAGGCUUAUCACAGAGCUUAUAGGUUCUCCUGAUGAUUCCAGCCUUGGGUUCCUUCGAAGUGACAAUGCACGAAGAUAUGUUAGACAGCUUCCACAAAACCCAAGGCAAAAUUUCUCUUCUAGAUUUCCUAACAUGUCACCUGGUGCUAUUGAUCUGCUAGAAAAGAUGCUCAUCUUUGAUCCCCAUAGGCGCAUUACAGUGGAUGGGGCUCUAUGCCACCCUUACUUGGCACCACUUCAUGACAUCAAUGAGGAGCCAGUUUGCCCAAGGCCUUUCAGUUUUGAUUUCGAGCAACCAUCUUUUACUGAAGAAAACAUCAAGGAGCUAAUUUAUAGGGAAUCGGUAAAAUUCAAUCCAGACCCAAUGUAUUAAGGCUUAUAUGUAUUGUAUUUGUAUAUGACUCUGCAAGUGUGUGCCUAGCGGCAUUACCGUUUGUGACCCAUCAUUCCCCUUUGUGAUUAGGAACAAUAAGAAUAGAAUACUCUUAAACUGAAUGACAGUUUAUUCACCUUCUUUUGCAA